ACCCGACUCCGGGUCGGGUUGACUUCGAUCACAAGUUCGAUUUGAGACUCAAUACCUGCAUUGACCUGUACAGUGUCAUGGCGGAAGAGUUGUCUUCUAUAACCUCAAUGUACCUCGCAGAAAUAAUCAGAAAUUGUUUAUCUUACGAGAAAAUUGUGCGAGUCGACAAAUGAUAUCUCUAAUGAAUAGAUUAGAAAAUAACAGCGUAAAUAUGAAAAUUGUUCGAGAUGAAUCCGGAAAAAUGAUUCAAUCGGCCGAAGGGAUUCUGUGCGAAUAUGUGGAUAGCGAUGGAAAUACCACUUUAAAAUUUGUACAAACAACAGAUUCGUGCUGUAGCGAAUCAUUGUCUGAAAUUGAAAGUGAAAACAUCAUGCCAUGCAGUACAAUAGUAAAUACUACGCAAGAAAAUAAUUUCAAAAAUGUACAAAAAUUUAUUAUAGCACAUGAUUUCUUAUUUUCUUCAUCAGACAGUUCUGAUGAAGAAUUACAAUAUCUAUUAGUGCAAAAGAGAAAAAUACCGCGAAUGAAACAUUUUAUUAGAGAUGUCAUUGAUCAAUAUACUGCAGAAGAGUCUCAAAGACAUUUUAGACUUUCAAGAAAAAUAUGUAAGAGAAUCAUUAAUUUAUUUAAACAGAGCAAAUAUUGUCCUAAGGGUCUUCGUGGAAGAAAUAAUAAAACACCUAAAGAGCAUGUUUUAGUUUUUUUAUGGUUUGCUGCAAAUAAAACGGUAUUAAGGAGUGUAGCAGAUCGUUUUGACAUGCAAAUUGCCACAGUGCAUCAAAUUAUCAAAAGAGUUACAAAUUUUUUAAUAGAUUUGGCUCCAUCAAUAAUCCGUUUUCCUGUAACAGAACAAGAACGUCAAGAAAAGGCUCAAGAAUUUCGAAAUAUAUGCGAAAUUGAUGGAAUUGUAGGAUGCAUAGAUGGCAUGUAUAUUUCUAUCAGAACACCUGUCAAAAAAAUUCGUCAUACUUAUGUAAAUAGACACGAUGAAACUGCACUUACAUUACAAGGCAUAUGUGACGCAAAAAAAGGAUUUAUAGACUGUUUCACUGGAGUGUCUAGCAAAUGUCAUGAUGCUCGUGUAUAUGAUAUGUCAUUUAUUAAAGAAAAAGUAUCUGGAAUGGGAGAUUAUUAUCACAUUAUUGGCGACGCAGCUUAUCCAAUAUCUACAAAUCUUUUAACACCAUAUAGUGGGAACCAGUUGACACCAGUGCAAGCCAACUUUAAUUAUCAUUUUUGUACAGCGCGAGUUAAAAUUGAAAACGCGUUUGGAUUAUUAAAAUGCAGAUUCCGACAAUUGACAAGACUUGAUAUGUGGUCUGUAACAUUAAUGUCCAAAUUUAUUAUAUCUUGCUGUGUGUUACAUAAUUUAUGUAUAGAGGAAAAUGAUAUACUCGACUUUUGUGAAUAUGAAGAACUUCCAUUUCCAAUCCAGCAAUGUACUUAUAGUAAUAACAGAAUAAGAAUGUUAGGACAGAUGAAACGUGAUCGCAUAGCAUUUGAUUUGAUAUAAAUGAAUUUAAACGUAAAAGUCUUUCAUUAAACAGUUUAUUAUUAAACGUAACAGUCUUUCAUUAAACAGUUUGUUAACAAACAAUAUCUUCAGUAUGAUUUAUUAUAAAAAAAAAAAACAUAAACUCUUAUGAAAUUGUAAGAUAUUAAUUAAGAUCUACGUGUCGGGCUGUGUGGCUCCGCGGCAAGGCGGUGGCUUUGUGUUUCGAACUACAUACGAGGUCCUCGGUUCGAGUCCCGACAUCGCGUCGAGCGUCCGACAUUUUUUCUCGGCCCAGCUUACAAAAUAAUUAAAAUUAAUAUCGCACUGUUUUG